AUGAUAACUUGUUGCCGACAACAAUCCUCAGCAUAUAAUGAAAAAGUGGAGGCGUUCCAUGUGGACAAAUGUCGCGCAAAUCUAGGUUCGGUGAAUCAAGAAGAUCUGCAGGAACUGAAAGCUCAAAUCGAAGGAGUAUUCUACCACAACUCCUGGUUAAGCGUUGAAAUUUUUUACAAGAAUCUUAACACAACCCUGUUGAAGACGUUGACAGAAAAAUGA